AUGGCCGACAAUGCAGUCGGUGCAGCAGAUGAAAUCUCCCGACUAUCAUUAGGCGGCCAUGGGCCUGAGCCGCCUUUGCCGCCACCCACCUUAAGAUCUGCCGGCAUCAUUGCCACUGACAUUACCGACAAGUUCACGGCGGCGGUCGCAACGCUGGAGCCCGGCGAGCUGGUCAAGGAUGGCCUCUUCACGCUGUUUGACUCUGUCGCCGCCCUGGAGAUUAUGGAUCCGAAAAUGGACAGCGGAUGUGUUCAGCCAGGCGAGGAAUUUGAGGUGCUCUAUGACGUGUCGCGGUCAUUGCUGCCUGAGGAGGUGCUUGGUAUCAUGGACCAGCUUUUAUGCCACGAGAUGGCUUGGCAUUUGGGCUACCCCCUGUCACAAACAAUAUUCACCAGUGUUUAUGUAGAAGCGCUCUUGAUGCCCGAGCCUGGCAGCAUCCGACAGGCCGAAUUCGUCAGGAACAGGAGCCAGGAAGUGAAACAAGAGCCUCUACUUGACAUUCUCCGAGCUUAUUGCCUAGGGAUGCUCAAGGCAUGUGGACAUGUCAAUGAACGCAUCAAAUCUGAGCACUUCUACGAGGAGGAGGAUUUUGUCCCCAAUACGUAUAACCGCACCUUGUUGACCGAUUUCCCCACGCAAGACGUCAAAGACGCCCUGGAAGCAGCCAGAGGGACCGUUGAAUCUCUGAAAGGCUCCAUACCUGACCGCAUUGCCGAAGCACUCAUCAGCCGCUUGGAUCUGCGCGACAUCUUUUUGGAUACCGCUGAAUCACCUCAGCACGUAAGGGAUCUUGUCAAGGCGAGGCUGCCAUGGGAGGCAGCGAUUGCCAUCUUGCCCAGGAUCUCUUCGACGCAUUCCUUGACCAAGCCGGUUGAGGACGCGUUCAGCACCAAGCUACAAAGGAAGUUGGCUAGUACUAUGCCGCCACGACCAAUUGUUCAGCUCAAGUUUGAUGAUGCAUUUAAUAAUCUAUCAAGGUUAUGUAAAGAUGGUCUCGAAGUCAUUGGCGUCCUAAAAUAUACCGACUCACAAUGCCUUCAGACUUUCGUAUAUACAUUUCAGUCAAAGAAGCCUCAACCAAUGGUUUACGUACGAACCCUUCUGCAAACAUUUCUUUUCAACGCCAUGGAGAUACUGGGUUCCAUGAGUAUCCGCCAACUACUCGACGACGACUUCUCCAUCAUCACCCUUCCCGCGAACCCUCUCCUCGACAGGGACAACGACGAGAUCGAAGCGGUCCACGAUCCUCGUUUCGUCAUGUCCCAACAAAUGGAGCUCUUCCGCCAAAGAGCUGCACAACCCUUCCUCGACAUUCUCAGAACCGCGUGCCAAAACAGAUGUCGCGUCCGCCGAACGCUUUGCCACUUGAUCCGAGACUGGGAGAACCUCCAAGCUGACGCCGAAGACAUUGACCAAAUCCUGCAGAUCAAGACCAAGGAGCAGCCGCUGCUGCAGAGAUCCGCGCUUGGCCUGAACCCUAUCGAGACUUACUCCCUUCCGCUAUCAUCAUGGACGUAUCUAUACAAGCUGCAACAAAUGGAGGCCAUAGUCCAGCUAGGCUUCGAGCUCGAGGUCUAUCAGACGGACGAACUGGCCGGCAUGUACUGGUACUUGAACUACCUCGCAAAAUCUCGCCUUCAACAUACCGAAAGAAUCAAGACGUUCGUCGUGCGCCAGACGACCACGGCCCGAUUCUCACCCACCAUCGACCCCGGCCAAGAGGCUCAGCUCCAAAGAUCUCUCGCUUUCACGAGACUGUCUCUGCUCCAGGCAGCAGUGACGUGGGAGUUCUCCGACGCGCUGAGCUGCAUAUACACCGUCCUCAACCGCCACGCAAUCAUUAAGCCGCCCCCGCGACCUUACAGCAACGACCAGCUGCGCUACGACCUCCGCAUGCGACCAUUCGCGUCCGUCAGCCUGCCCACGCCCCCCAGCUUUGGGGAAUUUACUCUCGGCACAACGCAGCCAGAUAGCAGCACGGAGGAACUUCUCGAAUACGCCGAACGCGCAGCGACAAGCGCAAAGAGAGGCUUCGAGACGCUCAGCAGGUUCUCGGCAGAGGAUAGUUUCUCAGUAGGAUCGCACGAGGCGUGGACCGCCUCAGCAAAGGGCGCGUUGAAGGCGUGCAUAGCCGCGGGCGUCGCAAUCUCCUGCUUGCAAAAGGCGUUGCAGCGCACAGCCGGUGGACGUGGCACGGAGCGUGGGUUGCGCGUUGCGGCAACAGUACCAACGCCGGAUAAGGCGUACCACGAAUGGUGGAUCGUGCCGACGGUAGUUCCAACUGUGACUGUGGAGAUGGGUAACUGA